UCACUAUUUUUCCUUUUUAAAAAAUAGUUUCGAAACCAAACAUGACCUAGCGGACCACAGAGAGAUCACACAAGGAUCAGAAACCCUAGAUACGAAAAUUUGCAUCUACACAUUCUCGGCAAGGCAAUGUUAUCGAUCACACGAAUUGCUAAUCAUUGUUGGCUUCAUCGUCCUCUCUUCACUCUCUCCAAUCGCCCAAGCAUAACCAAGCUCAAAUUAUCCACAUUCUCUUCAGUCGAGGUUUCAUGUUCUUCAGAUGAAGAGUGUGAUAAUUUUUUGCCGUGGUUGGAGCGUAAGGCCGGGACGAAGAUUUCGUCAGUGCUUUCGAUUGGAAAAUCAGCUUAUGGCAGGUCAUUAUUAGCUUCAAAAUCAAUAGAACCUGGGGAUUGCAUGUUAAAAGUUCCUUACAACGUGCAAAUAGCAUCAGAUAAUCUCCUCCCAGAAAUUAAUUCCUUGUUACCUGACGAAGUUAGCAAUGUUGCAACGCUUGCUAUAGUAAUUAUAGUUGAGCAAAAAAUGGGUCAGCACUCUGAAUGGGCCCCUUUUAUGAGCCGUCUUCCGCAGCUUGGAGAGAUGCAUAACACGAUAUUCUGGAGCGAAAGGGAGUUGGACAUGAUUCGACAAAGCUCAGUAUAUCAGGAAACAAUUAAAAAAAAUGUGCAGAUUGAAAAGAAUUUUUUGGCAGUUAAACCAGCUUUUGGUCACUUCCCUGAAUUUUUUGAUGGCAUUACAUUUGAUGAUUUUCGGCAUGCAUAUGCUUUAGUUGAAUCUCGGGCAUGGAGAAGCACAAGGGGUGUAUCUCUGAUUCCAUUUGCAGAUUUUUUAAAUCAUGAUGGUGCCGCGGAGGAAGUUGUAUUGAGUGAUGAAGACAAAAAACUUUCAGAGGUUAUUGCCGAUCGUAAUUAUUCCCCUGGUGAUCAGGUUUUGAUAAGAUAUGGAAAAUUUUCAAAUGCCACUCUUCUGUUGGACUUUGGGUUUACACUUUCCUACAACAUUUAUGAUGAGGUUCGGAUUCAGGUCAAUAUACCUCGUCAUGAUCCUCUCUGUGCAAAAAAGUUGGAACUCCUACAUGUACAUUGUACACCAGCCAUUGAAGAUGUCAACGGCUUCAGCUCUUCUCAGGAUUCCUUCACAAUCAAGGAAGUGAGGUCUGCAAAAGGGAAAGGGAGGGGAAUUCCGCAAUCUCUUCGUGCAUUUGCUCGUGUUCUGUGUUCCACUUCUUCUCAAGAGUUAAGUGAUUUGGCCAUGGAAGCUGUGCAAAAUGAUGGCAGGCUGGCUCGACAUCCUUUGAAGAAUAAAACCAGAGAGUUGGAAGCGCAUUGGUUCUUGCUUUCAAAGAUUACUCGUUUAGUUGAGGAACAUAAUGUGUCUAUUAAGUCAUUGGAGCCUUCUAGUUCUCCCUUCAUGUUUCAAAAAUUUGCUCUGAGGAAACAAAUGGCUCGAGAUCUCCUUGCUGGCGAGCUUCGUGUCCUUAAAUCUGCUUCUGAAUGGCUGAAGAACUACUGCACAACAUUAUCAAAAUCCUAGAGGGAUGCAUAAUUCUUCUGAUUUGAAGAAUGCAAGAGCUGUUCAAGUAGAUGGAUAUGGGCAUCCAUCUGGAACCGAUGCACAUCAGCAUUUGAAAUCAGCCUUGCUGUCAGAUCAUGGCAUGACCUAACAUUGAAGCAACAGCCAUACCAAUACUGCAUUAAUUUUUACGGUUGUGGGUUUGGGGGGCAUCAGUUGCAAAGUAAAAGAUGAGCCCAAAAGCAAUUUUGGGAAUUAAAUGGUGGUGUUUGUUUGCUGCCCCUAAUGUCAGCAUUGUAUGUUGUGACAUUCUUAAAAUUAUUGUUUCAUUAGCAGCCGGGUACACGCGAUGCAUGUGCAAACUCAUUUAAAGUUAUAAUAUGAAAUUGACAUUUUUUUAAAUAAUGUACAUAUAUAUUAUCA